GUGAUGCACAUUAUGUUGGACUAGCACAGAUGGCACGAGACUACUUAAUUGUCCAGGCCACAAGUGUAUCUAGCAAACAGAUGUUCUCAAAAGCGAAGGAUACAAUUACCCCACUACGUAAUCAGCUAUCUGAAGAAAACAUUUGCGCAAGUCUUUGUUUAAAAACUUGGUAUGAGUCGGGUAUUAUUGAUAAUAUGGAGUCAAUAGUAAAUAAAAAAUACUAUCGCUAUAAAUACAUUAUGUGA